AACAUCGCUUAAAGUAAUGAUGGCGACUGAGCCUGUGGUCAAACGGAUGAAAAACAAAAACUGGAACGCAUCGGAAACGACAAUUCUUGUCGAACGGUGUGUUGAAGGGUAUAGCCUUCUGUUUGGAAGUCAUUCGCCUUCGGUAACGGAAGGGAAAAAGGAUUUGUUUUGGAAGGAAACAAUUGAAAUGAUAAAUGCAGUUGGACCCGGUAGAAGUUUGCAUGAGGCAAAAAGAAAAUGGGUGGACCUAAAAAGUUCCACAAAGGCCAAAGAAAAAAAAUUAAAAAGGAAGUGGGAAAAACAGGUGGUGGACCUGCGCCAGACAAGUUGACACCACUUGAAGAAAAGGU